AUCGGAGCAAGUCAGCCGUUGUAAAUCGAAUUUCUCAUGGUGGCGAUCACCACGUGUCGCGCCGCCGCGGUCCUCAGGGCCGUGAUACUCGGCGCGCCGGCAUCCGGCAAGGGCACCAUGUCCACGAGGAUCGUCCAGCAAUUCGGCGUCACGCACAUCUCCAGCGGCGAUAGAUUGCGUCUCCACGUGUCCACCGGCACCAAUCUAGGCAGGGAGGUAAAGAAGUACAUGGACAGCGGUAGCUUCGUACCGGAUAACACGAUGAUAUCCCUCAUCGGCGAGGAGAUCCAAUCGGUGGCGGAUCAGAAUUGGUUGCUGGACGGAUUCCCGAGGACGCUGACGCAGGCGGAGCGAUUGCAGAAGCUGCAGCCGAUCAAUCUCGUGAUAAAUCUCGUGGUGCCGACCUUCGUCAUACUGGACCGCGUCAAGAGUAGAUGGGUGCAUUUACCUAGCGGUAGGGUCUACAAUAUCGGCUUCAACGAUCCACGAGUGCCGGGCAAGGAUGACGUAACGGGCGAGCCGUUGAGUCAGAGAGAGGACGACAAACCGGAAGUCGUGCAGAGGAGGCUGCAAGACUACGCGACGAAGACUGAGCCGGUCGUGCGGUUUUAUCGUGAGAUUGGAAUAUUGAAGGACUUUCACGGUAACACUACUGAUGAAAUGUGGCCGGAAAUUAGAAAAUGUAUAGCACAAAACUUUUGAAUUUUAGAUCAAUUUUUUUUAGAUAAAUAUAUUUAAAUGUACGCGGAUGAUCAUCUCGAAUAGAUCCUCCCUCUUUCUCUCUGAUCCUUAAAUAGGUCUACUUAGAUCUGUGUUUAGAUCUGUUUGUGGGGCUAUAUCUUUUUCAAUCUAUAUAUAAUUUUUACAUAUUUGAAAAUUAGAUCCACACGUACACAGAUG